AUUUCGACCAUUCUCACUGACAUCAACACCUUCUUUCCCAUUCAUCCUCCAUACAUCGUCCACGUAUCUCGACUUAAUAUCUAUCUAUUCUACGAACCGACAUACCCUUUACCAUUCAAUCUGUUUCUUUCUUCAACGUAACACCAAUACGACCCUCAGCCUCUAGACCUUUUAAGCGCAUCCAUCCCCCGACCAAUCGCGCGCAAACCCAAAGGGGAAACAUAUCAACAUGGCGCAAUCGGCGGUGAUGCCUGUGAUUCCCCUUGGGAACAAAAACGUCCUCUUUCCUGGCGCCGUCAUAAGGAUACCAGUUCCCGCCAGUCGUUCCGAUAUACCUGCACUACUUUCCAACGUCUAUACCCGCGCUUCUAGAGCUUCGCGACGAGUCGACCAAAUCCCUGUCGUAUGCGUACCCUUAAACUCGCCGCUAUUAAGCCGUCGCGGCCAACUACUCUUAGACGAAAACUCCGGCCAAUACACCGAGUCUCUGAAUGUAAAUAAGAAUAACAUUAGGAAGGAUCAGUUGUUUGCAUACGGAGUUUCGGGGAAGAUCAAUGCGAUCCAGGGUCAGAACGGAGCUGAGUUCAACUUGCUUGUACAAGGAGUCACGCGAGUUUCUCUUGAGAAGGUUACCCAAGAACGUCCUUUCUUCGAAGCACGGGUGAUCCCGAAUAAUGAUCAGGCCAGCCCUGCAGAACUUCAGAGGCCUUCCUUUCAAGAGUUAUUCGGUACCUUAAAGCGACUAUCAAGGGAAUUAGUGGCCUACCUUCGUGUAUCAGCGUUCCUUCUAUCAAGUGGUACUGGAGGAUUAAAUCCUCUUCUAUCGCGAAGACUUGAACAGUUCAUUGUCAAGAAGACCCCCAAUGAGGGAGGUUCGCUGGCCGACUUUAUGAUGAACAUACUCGACGCUUCUUACGAGGAGAAGCUGCAGGUCCUUGCUGCUGUCGAUGUUGCGGAGCGUAUGCAAAAAGUUAUUGAGAUUUUGGAGCGCCAAGUGGAUGAUCUGAAGGGUAAUAUUAAGGUUACUACCGUCACCAGCACAUCGGUGCCCGUCCAAAUCGAUCCCGAGGAUACGACUAGAGUACCCAGCAACAAACGAAGUAUAAAAGCACCGCCAGGUGUCAAGGUUCCUCCGCCUGGUCUUGGCCUUGGUGGUGGAUCACCGUUUAACAUGUUUGGCGGACCAGGUGACCAACAUGAUGCGGAUGACUUGCAAGAUCUCGAGAAGAAGAUUGAGGAUGCUAAGCUCCCGCCGGAAGCUGCUAAGGUCGCCGAACGAGAAUUCAAACGAUUGAAACAGAUGAUGCCUGCGCAAGCCGAGUAUCAGGUUGUCAGGACGUACCUCGAAACGUUGGCCGAGGUACCGUGGUCUACUGUCACAGAUGAUCCGAUUAGUGUCGGCACCUUGGAAAGUGCGAGGAAGCAGCUGGAUAACGACCACUACGGAAUCGAGAAGGUAAAAAAGCGUCUACUGUCUUACCUCACUAUUGUUAGGUUGAUGCAAUCAGCGAAUGACGCAGUGAACCAGCAAAUCAAGCAAGCUGAGCAGGAGACCGCCGACCUGGAGUCUAGUAAAGAGAACUCGAAAGAAGAUGCUGCCAUUGACCCCGAAUUGGAGGAGAAAAUAAAGGCUAGUGGUCUUAAAGUACAGAUGUUGAGGAAUAAGCGACGAGCCGAGAAAGCCCCCAUUUUACUCUUAGUCGGACCGCCUGGUGUUGGCAAGACUAGCAUAGCUAGGUCCAUCGCCACUGCGCUCGGUCGCAAAUUCCACCGUAUUUCACUUGGAGGUGUUAGAGACGAAGCAGAAAUACGAGGUCAUCGGCGUACCUAUGUGGCCGCGAUGCCUGGCUUAAUUGUGCAGGGUCUGAGGAAAGUGGGUGUAGCGAACCCCGUCUUCUUGCUGGAUGAGAUAGACAAGCUGGGCAUGUCCAACCACAACGGCGACCCGUCUGCUGCUAUGCUCGAGGUACUCGACCCCGAGCAGAAUCACGCAUUCCACGAUCACUACAUCAACACCCCAAUCGAUCUAAGUAGAGUUCUCUUUAUUGCCACUGCCAACAGUCUCGAUACGAUCCCAGGUCCAUUGCUAGAUCGUAUGGAAACCUUAGAGUUCUCCGGUUAUACCACUCUUGAGAAGCGACACAUCGCAAUGCGACAUCUUGUGCCCAAGCAAAUCAGGGUGAACGGGCUCUCGGAAGAUCAAGUCCGUUUCAGCGAAGAGGUGAUCUCAAAGAUCAUUGAGUCAUACACUCGCGAAUCAGGAGUACGUAAUCUCGAGCGUGAAAUCGGCUCCGUCUGCCGUGCGAAGGCUGUCGAGUUUGUGGAGGCCAACGACCGUGGUCAGCCGGAGACAUAUCGAGCAGAUGUUACAGUGGAGGACCUCGAGUCUAUUCUAGGUAUUGAGAAGUUUGAAGACGAGAUAGCCGAGAAAACCACCCAGCCGGGUAUUGUGACUGGUCUAGUUGCUUACAGUUCUGGGGGAAACGGCGGCAUCCUUUUCAUUGAGGUUCUUGAUAUGCCUGGUGAUGGCAGUGUCGAACUUACAGGAAACCUUGGUGACGUCCUUAAAGAAAGUGUCAAGGUUGCAAGGAGUUGGGUCCGCAAUCACGCCUACGAGUUGGGAUUGACCCAGGAUCCUACGGAAAACAUCAUGAUGAAGCGCAGUCUACACGUUCAUUGCCCUUCCGGGUCUAUCCCCAAGGAUGGUCCAUCAAGUGGAAUGGCCCAGGCCAUUGCUCUCAUCUCACUUCUUUCCGGACGGCCAGUCCCUCCUACAAUGGCUAUGACAGGAGAAUUCCAGCUUUCUGGUCACGUUAAGAGAGUUGGCGGAAUCAAGGAGAAGCUAAUUGGUGCUUACCGAGCUGGUGUGAAGACGGUCCUCUUGCCAGCGCAGAACGAGAAAGACGCAAGAGAGGUCCCUUCAGAAGUAAGGGAUGGAUUGAACAUCAUCUUCGUCAGUCACAUCUGGGAAGCCAUCCGUCAUAUCUGGCCCGAAGUCCAAUGGCCACAGGAGAGCAAUUUCCCACCGAUUCAGUCUCGCUUGUAGUCAUAUUUUCUUCCUUGAUCUUUUUGUUUGUCUAGCAUUGCAUGUCAUGAUACGGCGUUAGGUGCCAUCGUUUUAGUGGAUA